UGAAUUUGUGAAAGGUUCUUGGAUGCGAGACACCAGAAGUCAACAGGGUCGGUCAAGUCAAGUCCCAGGGGGUUCAAGGCGACCAUGGGCUUUUAUGAGACCCUCACCGGCCAAAUUGAGCAGGUGCCAGCCGACUCAUAUCAUUUCUAACAAUGCCCGGGCACAAAGUCUGUGAUUUCCUUGACGCAUAAAAUGAACCACAGUGACUUAGGAGGUGCUGGAUGGUUGUCUUGGCCACAGUGAUGGAUGUUCACCCAGCUUCAAAUCAGUCCCGAAGCCAAGAUUGAGGAGCCCAUCUCUGGCUACGAUGCACUUACGGACUGAAUCAAUUUACUCCCCCAGACCAACACACUCCCAUGCACCUAUUUGAAGAAGCAAUUAAUGUAAAAGAAAAAGAUUUUCAAGUGCCAAGAACAUCGGAUUCUGGUCUCUCAUAACCAGAUUGAUAACUUCCUCUCAGUUUGAUUGGCCCAUGUCAGAGUGAUGCAGUGCUGCUGGCCUCACCGCCAACGUCAGAUCACUGUAUUUCACUCAGGCGCUCCAUGAACCUGGUGAAAAAGUGGUCUAUUGACGAAAACCAAAAUGACCAGCUAUUGAUUAAGUACGUCAAGGGCUGGCUGGCCCCUCCUCCUGGCCCCUGAACGGAUAAAUAAAUUGAAUGGAUGGACCAAAGGCAGUGGAUAUCUUACCUUGCUCGAGGGAGGACUCGUAGAGCGCCGUUUGUCUGGGACCUAGAGAGUGAGUGCCAUGGACAGGUUUACAGUGGUGAACUACUGCUUAGGACUCCUGGGUUUGUUACUACUGCAGGGAGUGCUCAAUGUGGACGGAAGGAGCAUGUUUAAUUCUGGAAACCACUUUUUAAAUCCCAAAGAAGACACAGAUGCCCAGAGCAAGAUUCUAGCACUCUUGCUACACAAAAGCUUAGUUCCAGUUGAAAAGGACGAUCCUCUAGGUCUUGAACUGGCCAAUAAAUUAGCUGAGUUAGAGGAGCUCAGAGCGCUGAGGGAGGACUUGGAGCUGGAGAGGCAGAUCACAGCCAAUUUAGCCGAGGGAAAAUCCGUAACUCAGAAGAGGGGGGAACCCUGCUUCUGGAAAUACUGUGUCUGAGACAGAUGCAAGAGAAGAGGGGGGACCACUGUGAAAUCUUGCUGCAAAGCCCAACAUAGCCUUAAGACUCACAGCACCAGUUAUUUAAUCACAAUGUAUUUAUUCCAGCAAUAUAGAGUUGUAUCAUAAUCAAUGUCAUUAAUAAAAGUGUCAUCACCACUGAAUCGAGGUGAUCUGAGGACUGCGGCUGUAAACCUUUCAUCUGAAAAUAACCAGAUGCUCACUGGAAAUAUGUGAGGUUCAGAUUUGACAAAAUAUACCUGUGUGCAAAGGGGGGGGGGGGUUUACCGGCUGUUUGUGUUAAUGUCGCUCUCUUGUGGCUGAUCUGGGCAUAACAUUUUUGUAACUGCCAACAAACGUCCUGUCUGUCGCCGCAUUUAAAAUGCACUGCCCUCCACUUUACAAA